AUGACAGUGCUAACCUCGCAACUAUGCGACAGAUUUGAGCGCCAUGUUGGCUUCGACAAUGUGCCCAUUGGUGAACCAUCCAAAAAAGUUCCCUCGUCAGUUGUGCUCAAUGUGAGGCAUAAUGGAUACCAGCCGCGUCGAAGAUCACGAACAUUCAUGGUCGGCGUCGACGAGAAUCCAUACUCAGAGUACGCUGUCCAAUGGUUGUUAGAUGAGCUUGUCGAUGAUGGCGACGAGAUUAUCUGCGUUCGCGUGAUCGAAAAAGACAUGAGACUCAGCGAGAAGUCAUACUACAGCGAUGCACAGCAAGUUAUGGACGGCAUCAUGGCAAAGAACAGCAGUAACCGAGCCGUUGCAUUCAUUCUGGAGUACGCCGUGGGCAAACUACAUUCUACCUUUCAGUCGCUAAUCCAACUCUAUCAGCCAGCCAUGCUGGUUGUGGGCACCCGAGGGCGAUCUCUCGGUGGCCUCCAAGGGCUCGUCAAUAAUCGCAACUCAUUUUCCAAAUACUGUCUGCAGUAUUCUCCUGUACCUGUCGUCGUUGUGAGACCCAGCGAGAAGCGAAGUAAGAAAAAGGCAAAGCGCACAAACGAUAAUUCGCGGCAAACAUAUGUCAGCAUGCUAGCCGCCACUCAUGGUAAACAUGAAGCCGAUAGCGAGGCUAGUAGCACCUACGAACUGGAGGUCCAAAUUUCACCCGACGAGGAGGCGCAUCAAGUAGCACAAGUUCUGGGACUGCCUGCUAAAUUCGAUCCGACUAUUAAGCCUCACCACGAGUCUGUGCCGAUGAGGUCAAAAUCUCCCGACGCUGCGCCCGGUCCCCGAACUAGUAUUGCGCGCCGUGUCGUCUCUGACCCGAUGCCUUCUAGUGCUCCCCCCAGCGCUCCCAAUAGCGAGGACGAAGAGGAGGAUGAAGAAGGAGAGUUUGAGGUCAUGACGGGAGCUGAGGCCCUGGAUCAACAGCAGAAGCUAGACCAGCUUCACAAAAUGGAGGUUAGUGAGGCAGCAGCGCUUAGGCAUGGAAUAAGCGCAGAAGAAGACGAGUCGGAUGAGGCCCAGGGGCGAAAUUCUGAGAGUGCAUCCUAG